AUGGUGAACAAACAACUUUGCGCUUACCCUGCGGGAAAACAAGAGCCCAACUAUGAACGAAGAAUCAGGGCAACAGUACGCGGAAAGGGUAAUUACUAUGUAGCACGAACGUUCACGUAUGUGGGCAUUCUCGGACACUAUAUCGACUCUGGCGAAGCAAUGGACACAAAAAUCUUGGCCUUGGAGGAAAUCAAUGAAAGAAACUGGAGAAACAAUUGCAAAUAUCGUGGAUGCGAUUGUCAAAAAAACAUCUACUGGCGUAUCAUCUACGAAAAUGCCCAUCAUUGUGUUGCCACAUCUCUUCAGACAAGGCAUGAUGUGGACAAGGCUGUUCCAGGAUCUUUAGUUUCCGUUGAGCGAUUAUUCAGUCGACUUGGAAUUAUUUAUGGCAACAAAACAAGAGGCCGUUUACUCCCUUCAAUCGUUGAAUCUCUGGUCAAAUUUUAUGAUGCCAAUCUUGGAAGCAUUGUUAAAAGA